GAAGUGACACAGAAUUCAGUUUAUCAGCCAAUAGAGGGUCUGCGCUUAUCCCGGCGCAUAGGAAACCGUCUAGAAGGAAGCAAAAAUGCGCCUACAACCGGUCUCUGGCCCGCUGGUGAUUAUAUUAUGUAUCUUCUCCUUCCUUUUUGGGAGACUUACUCAGCAAGGAGCACAGCUGCCGGAGCCAGUUCAGCUCGGCACCGCGCGUAGGCUGGGCUCGAUCGUGGAGGACACGUCGUCCAUCCAAGCUCUGGCAUCGGACCCCGUGGAGCAGAAAAGCGUUGCCGUGGCUGAGUCGCCAGCGCCGGUGCCGCAGUCCAAAGUUAUCGUCAACCCGCUUGACCCCGUUGACUUGUCAACCUGGUGCUUGGAGAGCUCGGGCCUACUGAAGGUCCGGCCGCCGCUGCCCGCGGCCGCGUCGGGGUCUGACGUCACGUACAUCAUUCCUUUCCAGAUCCUGUCCUGGUACCCUCGCAUUGUGGUGUUCCCGGGCUUCAUCGACAAGGCGCGUGCGGAGCACAUUGUAAAGCUGGCCGGCAAGUUCAUGUACCCCAGCGGCCUGGCCUACAGGCCGGGCGAGCAGGUGGAGUCGAGCCAGCAGACGCGCACCAGCACCGGCACGUUCCUGAGCUCGGGCAUGGACACGGAGGGCGUGCUGGGCUGGGUGGAGCAGCGCAUUGCCGCCGCCACACUGCUGCCCGCAGACAACGGCGAGGCCUUCAACGUGCUGCACUACGAGCACAUGCAGCACUACGACUCGCACAUGGACAGCUUCGACCCCAAGGACUUCGGACCGCAGCCCAGCCAGCGCAUCGCCACGGUGCUGCUGUACCUCAGCGAGGUGCUGGAGGGCGGGGAGACCGUGUUCAAGAAGGAGGGCGUGGACGGCGCGGACCGGCCCAUCCAGGACUGGCGCAACUGUGACGACGGCUCGUUCAAGUAUGCGCCGCGCAUGGGCGACGCCGUGCUGUUCUGGGGCACGCGGCCCAACGGCGAAAUCGACCCGCACUCGCUGCACGGCGGCUGCCCCGUCAAGAAGGGCGAGAAGUGGGUCGCGACCAAGUGGAUCCGCAGCCGCGGCGCGAUGGGAUAUUAGAGCAUUUAGGGGCUUGAGCGCGGGGUUGAGAGUGCCGGGCUUUACUGUGUUUUUGGGGGAAAUGGGUGGGGUUUGUGAGCAUGUGAUCGGCGUACAGAGAAACGCAGAGCGCGGCUGGGGAUAGCGGCUGGUGCAUGGUGAUCCCGUCGACGUGGCACAAAUGUGUUUUAGGGGCGGCUUGGAGUGGUCACGUUUGCCAUUCGCGAAGGAAAGCGCAUGCGUGGGGAAAGCAAACUGACAUGCGCCACAGCCGAACUUGCACAACGCCGCUCCCGGGCGGAGAGAUAUGUACCGGAUACGGUCCUAGAGUGUAGGGACCCCGUAUGGCCACCAAUGUCCCAAUGCCCGGCCGCGUACCAGGGUGAUCAGGUCUGGACGCUGACGCGGGGACAACCAAUGAUGAGCGAUUCAGCCACGGAGGCUGGCUGCUGCUGCUGGCGCGAGGCAGGCUGACGCAGUCUAACGUAGUGGGAUGCUAACGUUUGGGAAGCGAAGGAACGGACAAGGCUA